AUGCCAACCUCAAGAUCAACACCGGCUUUGGUGAGAACAGCAUCACAAACGCUAAUAGUAGACUCUUCGGGACACGACACGCAUCAACACCUCGAUUACUACGGUCUUUUCGGAAACAACAACCAACAGCAAUGCCAGUAUACCGGCACUGAGGCCGGGGCAUUCGAGCAGAGUACCGACGGCAGGGAGGAGCUCUUAGUCCAAAUUCCAAAUUAG